GCCUUGCACGCCGACGUAAUCCCCACAAACGCCUGCAGAGUUGUAGUUUCCAAUAAAAGGGUCCGAACAGUGCCCCGGCGCGUGUUAAACGAAUCGCCUUGAGGAAUUCCUGUGACUUUUGGUAGAUUUAUUUUGUAAGAUUGGGAUAUCUCACGAUUUCAAACGGAAAUGUAAACUUAUGAGAAGUGAUUCCGGUUCAUUUGGAAGGUUUUGAACUGUUCUCUGGAAAGUGACCAUUGUUGUAAUCGGGUCGGGGCUGUUAUUAUUUCUUCUAUCUGACCUUAGUUUCUCACAGCAUCGCAGCAAGAAUAAAGCUCAUCUGUUUUGGGUGUCAUGAAAGAAAUGUCAAGCAACAUGCCUGGUGGGCAGCAGCCUCAGAAACACUAUGGUAUUACUUCUGCAAUUAGCCUUGCACCUCCAAGAGACAUAGACCACCAGUACACCAAGAAGCUCUGCGAUGCUAUGAAGCCAUUUGGAGUGUUUGAAGAUGAAGAGGAAUUAAAUCACAGACUUGCUGUUUUGGGAAAAUUGAAUAACUUUGUCAAAGAAUGGAUUGCAGAGAUCAGUGAAUUAAAGAACCUUCCACCCUCGGCUAUAAGCAGUGUUGGGGGCAAGAUAUUUACAUUUGGUUCAUAUCGUCUUGGAGUGCACACGAAAGGAGCUGAUAUUGACGCCUUAUGUGUGGCUCCUCGCCAUGUAGAAAGGAGUGACUUUUUUCAAUCUUUCUUUGAGAAAAUUAAACAGCAUGAAGAGAUCAAGGACCUGAGGGCUGUUGAGGAUGCAUUUGUUCCUGUUAUCAAAUUCAAAUUUGAUGGAAUAGAGAUUGACCUGCUUUUUGCCAGACUGGCCUUACAAUCCAUUCCAGACAACCUAGACCUCCGGGGGGAUUCCAUCCUACGAAAUCUCGACAUUCGUUGUAUUCGAAGUCUUAAUGGUUGUCGAGUGACUGACGAAAUACUUUACUUGGUGCCAAACAAAGAAAAUUUCAGGCUGACCUUGAGAGCCAUCAAACUUUGGGCAAAGCGUCGUGGGAUCUAUUCCAACAUGCUAGGCUUUCUGGGUGGAGUGUCGUGGGCCAUGCUGGUAGCAAGGACUUGCCAACUCUACCCUAAUGCUGUUGCUGCCACCCUCGUCCACAAAUUCUUUUUAGUUUUCUCCAAAUGGGAGUGGCCAAACCCUGUGCUUUUGAAACAACCUGAGGACAGCAAUCUAAAUCUACCUGUAUGGGAUCCCAGAGUGAACCCAUCUGACAGAUAUCACCUGAUGCCCAUUAUCACUCCAGCCUACCCCCAACAAAAUUCCACAUACAACGUCUCCACAUCAACACGCACCAUUAUGAGCGAGGAAUUUAAAUACGGUCUCAGUGUCACAGAUGAGAUCCUUCAGGGAAAAGCUGAAUGGCCAAAGCUCUUUGAGCCACCCAAUUUCUUCCAAAAAUACAAACAUUAUAUCGUGUUGACAGCCAGUGCAUCCACAGAAGAAAAUCAUUUAGAAUGGAUUGGACUUGUUGAGUCAAAGAUACGAGUUUUGGUGGGAAACCUGGAGAGGAAUGAGUACAUUACCUUGGCGCAUGUCAAUCCUCAGUCCUUCCCUGGGUCCAAAGAGAACCGCAAUGAGAAUGACUUUGUGUCCAUGUGGUUCAUUGGGAUCAUUUUCAAGAAGGUGGAGAAUGCGGAGAGUGUGAACAUUGAUCUUACAUAUGAUAUCCAGUCAUUCACAGACACCGUGUACAGACAAGCCAACAACAUCAACAUGCUGAAGGAUGGGAUGAAGAUUGAAGCGACUCAUGUGAAGAAGAAGCAACUCCAUCAGUACCUUCCUGCGGAAUUAGUGCAGAGGAAGAAGAGGAGCAUAGCGGAAGUGAAUCGCAGCUCAAAUGGAGGCAGCUCGAAGAGGAUCUCUCUGGACAACAGUCACCUGGACAGCUCAAGAGACACGGACUCGGGGACUCCCUUCAGCUCCCCCACAAGCAAACCCUCCAAGCCUACAUCUGACACAGAUGACGGUGUCAGCCCUCCCAAGCAGCUUUUUCUUGAGGUUUCCCCUGCAGCCAGCUCGGCACCGGCUGCGAAAGACCAGGCCGUGUCCAUCCCUGCUCUUGGUUCUGAGCAAGCAUACAAAGCAAAGGUGCCUCUUGUUCCAGGCAGCAGCACUGUCUCCGCAACAUUGAGCGGGAAUCUGAUGCCCAAUGCCGCAAGCAGCCCCAAAGAGGAGCCAGACAACCAGGAGGACUCUGUCAACGGAGCAGACAAGAGACCACACUCUCCUCUGCAGGAAGACGUGGCCAAGAGGCACAAAGACACGGAGGUUGCCCCCAAUGAUGAUUCAACAUUCAAGGAACCAUUUCCACCAUCGUCAGACACUCCUCGAGAAAAACCUGCGAUGACUCCUCUCUCAGAAUCAAAGGCUAAGCUCAUUCCAACCAUAGAUAGUCCAAGAACACAGAGGCUUCCCAGCAUGGAGUUGCCCGACGCAUCCUCACCUCUGCCAGCCAGCAACAGCUGUCGUGUUGUCAAAAAUUCCAUCAAACUUGCCCUCAACCGCCACAACAUCACACCUCCCAAGGCCCCAGUAUUUGAGGCCACCCGAACUCCUGAGGUGCCUCCUGCCAGUCAAGAAAGGGGCAUGUUCAUUCCAGUUAUCGGUUCCAAACAUGUCUCAUCCAAACACUCGACCCACUCCGUCGGCAGCUCCAUCCCCACGUUGGUGAGCCGAGGAGCAGACCCCUUGAAUGGAGCAGCCUCCAAGCGAGCCCAUUCGCCCACCCUGGAGGAGCAGGCCAAGAGGCUGAAAGAAACGGACAAGGCCAGAAUCCACAUAGCGUGAGCUCCACAAUAAGCGUCUGGAUUCAUGAAUGCGCACAGGUGGGGGCUUUGUUGUCGGUCAGGUCCAACACAACAGUUGACUUCACACGUUGAGAUAGGCCAGUUUUGGCUGUCACGUUGAAGGACAGACCUCACCGCCAGAUCUCCAGCGGUUCCAGAAAAACCAAUAAAUAGGUGAUUUGGUCAAUCACGGGGGUUGUCGGCACUCAGCAGCCAGAGUGCUUUUUACACAACGCUCAACUGAGAUCUUGAGACAGCAGCAGUUUUUCUUUCCUUUCUUUUUUAACGAACAUCUCUCAUUUUCCUUCUCUUACGUUUUUGUUUUGUUUUUGGACUUAUGUUUUAAAACAAAAAUAUCCCGCUCAUUUGUCAACCUUCACCACACAGCUUAGUUGAUUUCCUUUGUCCCAAAACAGAAAAGUGUACAGUAAAUGUCGAUGUACAUACCAUCUUUGUCUUAACAAAAACAAGCUAAGAUCACUGUCAAGUCUUUUGAUGCUUAUACCAUAGUUUUAUCUAAAAAUUGAAAAAAAAGUUUAAAAAAUAUUUAUUUUUUCUUUGUGGCUUGUUCAAGCUUUUUUCUGACCUAAUGAUUUUUUCCCCAAACACAACAUUGUAGUUUAGGUAAAGCAGCAAUGAUUUUUUGAAGGUUUGCUUGGAUUUGACAGAAAUCCCAACCAUAGUUCUUUGGACCUCAAGGACCACUGAAAAGGAUUCCAGGUUUGUAUCAGUCUUUUAAGUGUGCAAUUGUUGUUUUCCAAUAAUGGGCUCAGCAGCGCUUUUACGAGUGCUUAUUAUAGAUGAAAGUAACAUUGGUGGAAAAUCAAGCUUUCAAUAACAAAAUUAUUCAGCCCUAGGAAUCGCCGGUUUGUCAUUUGCCACGAAAUGAACAAAAACAUGUCUCAUUUUUUUUUUCUAAUUCUUUUGCCCCCUUCCCUGGUUUGCUUCAACCUGAGGGUUGAUGGUGCACUAAACAAAAACAAAGCAACUGUGUUGCUCCUAAAGCUGCACUGCACUCAGCCACCAUCCUGUGGGCUUUAGGAGGGCUACGCACUCACCCGCUUCAUAGCGCCCCAGUCUGGAGCAACCUUUUGACUUCUCUGCCGGUGAAGCAAAUGUUUGUGGUGCUUGGUGAAAACUGGUUCAAAGCUUUGCGAUUUAUUGUGGUAGUUUGUGUGUAUGCAUGCGAGUGGUUGAGCGUGCGUGCGUGCCUGCGUGCGUGUGUGGCAGUGCGUGCAUGCAUAUAUGGUUGGUUUGGAGAGAGACAAACUUCCCUUUGUUUUGGGUAAUAACCCUCUGCGCCUCCUGUGGAGGUUCUUAUAAGGCAUCAGGAGAAUACCCCCCCCCCCCCCCCCCCCAUUCUACCAUAACAAUCUGACGCUAGGUGUGUUACAGCACAAAAGGUGAUGUGAACAACUCAUGCUGCUGCAUUUGUAACCAACAAGGAGCCUUCUUCCUCAGAGCAGGUACUGCUUUGAUACAGGCUUUUGUUUUUUUUUUUUUUUACUUCUACACUGCUUUUUCCAACAUUAGAUUCCCAUUCCGCAAAAUGUACAGAGGAUUUUUUUUUUUUUUUGCAACAAAAUAUCAAGUUUCAUUAAUGGGGGUUUUCUUAUGAAUUAAUUUAUAUUUGCUAUUUGUACCAUUUGAUCUUUUUUUUAAAUAGCAUUCAUAUUGUAGGUGUUUUUGAGCCAAAAAAAAACACCACCACUCUGUUUCAGACAACUCUUUUUGCUGUUCAGAAACAUUUAACAAAAAAAGGUCAUUUAGAUGUUUGUUUCUAAAAUGUAUUGAAAGGGUAUUUUUGUAUGUGUUAUCACGUCAUUUAAAUGAAUCUGUACAACCAUUAAACCCCUAAAACGAUACAA